AUGACCUUGGAGCCUUUGACACAUGAGGUUUGGCACAAAGCCGUUCGCCAGAAAAAGCCCCGUACUAGCCCGGGCUUGGAUGGUGUAGGUCGUGAAGACCUCCUGUUGCUACCGUGGGACCUGACACAGCACGUGUUGGAGCUCAUUGAGCAUGCGGAAUGCACCGGGGAGUGGCCCUGUCAGGCCCUGGAUGGUGUAGUGAGUUCCAUCGAAAAGGUUGUUGGCGCCACGUCUGUCGACCAGUUUCGACCGAUUACCAUUCUUUCCAUGGUAUAUAGGGUUUGGAGUUCUAUCCGCGCCAGGCAGUGCUUGCAGCACCUUGCGGCUGUUGGUCACCAUGCGGUGCAUGGCAACAUGCCGGGGCGCACAGUUGGGUCCAUUGUUUAUGCCAUCCAAUUCGCAGCCGAGUGUGCUUUCUUGGAUGAUGUGUCUUUGUGCGGACUCACGGCGGACUUGGUUAAAGCUUUUAACUUGUUGCCGCGCCCUCCAAUCUUUGCCCUUGCGGCCCGCAUGGGUAUUCCAACACCCGUCAUCAAGGCAUGGUCAGGGGCGGUGGUCCGCCUACAGAGGCGCUUCCGCAUACGUGAUUCGGUUGGGCCGGCCAUGGUGGCCUUCACGGGAUUUGCUGAAGGUGACGCCAUGAGCUGCGUUGCCAUGUCCCUUGUCGUGCAUGCUUUACACAUGUCGCUUGACCGCCUGGCGCCGGCCGCCCAGACACAAAGUUACGUCGAUAAUUGGAUGGCCACGGCCCCUACAGCGCCGGACCUGUUGGUAGCAGCAAGGGCCAUUGACAGUUUUGCGGACGAUUGGGAUCUGCAACUUGACCCCAAGAAAACCCGGGUUUGGGCGACUACAGCGAGGGAACGACAACACCUUCGCGCUGAGGGCCUUACUGUGGUCCACGCGAUGCGAGACCUUGGCGCUCAUCUCCAAUUCUCCUUACGGCGUUCCAACUCGACCCAAGUUGAACGAAUCCGUGCCAUGGAUCCCUUGUGGAGCCGGCUCGCUGCGUCCUUUGCCCCCUACUGCCAGAAGGUGCGCGCCGUAGGUGUGGCUGCGUGGCCCAGGGCGCUUCACUCAGUCGCCCUGGUUCAGCUUGGACCCAGACACUUUGAUGGCCUUCGUGCGGGAGCCAUGCGCGGUUUGGGAGCGAAAGCACCAGGGGCCAACCCCCUGAUCCAUUUGGGCUGGAUUGAGAAUCCCAGAUGCGAUCCUGAGUUCUACGCUUUGCUGCAGUCCUUCCUGAGUGUGCGUGCCUUUUGCUCUCAAGAUCAGGCGGCAGGGCCACUGCAGGCCAUUGUUGAGCGUGAGCCUAAACAUUCGCCAGGGCCUAUUGGGGUUCUGUUGCAACGGGCUAAUGCUGUGGGCAUUGCGUGGAGCGUCCAUGACGCUUCUUUCCAGGAUUCACUAGGCUUCCUUUGCCCCUGGACGUCUCCACUGCACGAGUUGCAUUUGCGCAUUGAGUGGGCGUGGGAACAAGCGGUUGCGAGCUGUGUGAAACAAAGGGCUGAUUUUCAAUUUGCGUGUGAUGCCGAUCCUGGCUACACCCGCAGGGUUAUGCAGCAUCGUUGUCCUGGGGAUAAGGCUUUCCUUCGGGUUGUUUUGGGUGGUUCCUUUUUCACUGAGGACAAGUUGUACCACGUGGGCCAGAACGAUUCCCAAGCCUGUCGAGCUUGCGGUCUUAAGGAUGGCGUGGUCCAUAGGCUGUUUGAGUGUCCGCACUUUGAGGACUGCCGCCCAGCCUCUUCGAGGCUGCAGGAACUCAAGUCUCUCUCUGUGACUCAGGUGACAUACGGAUGGGCCUGCCGAUCUGAUAAGCUUGAGGAAUUGCGUAGGGCCUUAUUGGCCUUGCCUGAUACCACAGGGUUUUUCGCCACCUUCCCUGAUAGGUUCGAGUAUGACAUCUUCACUGAUGGAUCUGCGGCUUGUGGCAAUGACCCCUACUUGCGUCACGCAGCGUGGGCUGUGGUGAUUGCUCACAGUGACUUCCGUGAGGCAAGCCUUUUGGCGUCCGGAGUGGUGCCAGGCCUGAUGCAGACUAGUUUCCGAGCUGAAGUUCUAGCAGUUGCGGCUGCUCUGCGCUUUGCGGUACAUGCUCGGCGACCCAUCCGCAUUUGGUGUGACUGCCAGAGCGUGGUGCAGCGGCUUCGCCGUAUCCUUGAAGGUGAUCGGGGCCUUGAUGCAGCGCAACGCCAUGGCGAGCUGUGGGGAUUAGUUGAAGAGCUAGACGGUGAUGUGGCGGAUGAGUGGGCGAAGUUCUACAAUGAUGCAGUUGAUUUGGAGGCUAAGCGUGCAAACCUCCAGCGCUCCGAUGAGUUUUGGAACUUGUGGGACGGGGUGCGGCGUCAUUACAACCGCCAACACAUCCUGGUUUCAGCCCUCCAUGAACUGCACUUGAAGGUUGCCCACAAGGCGACUAGCACCUUGGUGCCUCGCUCUCAGCAGGAAGUUUCUGUGCCAUUGGUGGUGGCCCCGUGUAUGCCGCCUUGGCCCCCGCUGCAGGAUGAGUCACGGCUCCGCUUCGCUAACAGAUUUGGUUCUGAGUAUGCCGGGGCACUAGGACGAUGGGUGCAGCUCAUCUUUGGAGAUCCUCAGUUCGAGGGUGAGCCUCGCUACAUUUCCUUCCUCCAGUUGUACUGCGACUUCGCUAUGACAUUUGGUUGGGAGCCGCCAGUGCUUGAUCAGGCCUCUAAGUCGUGGAUUUUGGUUUCCCAGCUCCGCAUGGGUUCGCUUGUGCAGCAUGCCUUGGCCAAGAAGGUUAGGUGGUUCGCGCAGCAACUGAGAUUCUUUGCACGUCUGGCUGGUAUCGGCAAUUGGCAUCGUGAAGUGAGGCCUGCGUCGACCGUGCUACUGAACAAGAUGUUGGCCAUCCCGGUUCGGGUUCGACAGGAUCGCAUUGACGUCGUGGAGGCGCGGAUCAGCCGCAUUUCCACGACGGCCGCGGACUUGUACGACCUGGCAAACCCCCAGGACGCUCAAGAGUCUCCGAAGAUUCCGAGCCCUCACAUGGCCAAGAAAGCCCACUGA